AUGUCGGGGCUUUUCGCAUCACGAAGCGUUGGAACUACAUCCAAUGGGCCAGCGCCAAGUUCAGAGUUGAUGCUGCAAAAUGAUAGGACUCUGGCCAACCCGCCAGAGGACUCGAUCUCGGAUAUGAGCUUCUCGUCACAGGCUGACUACCUGGCCGUGGCUUCAUGGGACAAGAAGGUUCGCAUCUAUGAGGUGUCACCACAGGGAGACAGCCAGGGUAGAGCCAUGUACGAACACCAGGCUCCAGUACUGACGGCUCAAUGGUUUCAAGACGGCUCAAAAGUGGUGAGUGGAGGAUGCGACAAUGCAGUUCGCGCCCAUGACCUUCAAUCCAGUCAAACUAUACAAAUCGGACAGCACGAUGCGCCUGUAUCAUCGGUGCGAGCUGUAGAUGUCGGUAGCGGGUCGCCGGUAGUGGCGUCUGCGUCUUGGGACAAGACUUUACGAUACUGGGAUUUACGUCAACAACAGGCCAUCUCGACCAUCCAACUGCCAGAACGGGCAUACUCAAUGGAUUCACAAGGAAAACUGCUAGUAGUAGGAACCGCCGAGCGUCAUAUUUGCGUUAUAGAUCUCUCGAAUCCAGGACAGAUAUUCAAAAACACCCAGUCACCGCUCAAAUGGCAAACCCGCGUGGUUGCAUGUUAUCCCAGCGGUAAUGGGUACGCGGUCACGUCAAUUGAGGGCCGUUGUGCCAUCCAGUAUGUGGACGAUGCCGAGCAGGCCAAACUGGGCUUCUCAUUCAAAUGCCACCGUGACCAGGCCACGCCUCCUCGUAACGACAAUCUCAUUUACUCGGUGAACGGAGUGUCGUUCCACCCUGUGUACGGAACGUUCUGCACUGCUGGCUCAGAUGGAACUGUCCAUUUCUGGGACAAGGACUCGCGUUCGCGACUCAAGUUCUCUCGUCCCGUGGGAGGCACCAUUUCUUCCACUGCAUUCAAUCGAAACGGCACUCUAUUUGCAUAUGCCGUUUCCUACGACUGGAGCAAAGGCUAUCAAUUCAACACCCCCAACUACCCCAACAUGGUCAAGAUCCAUCCUACCAACGACAGUGAAACGAAGCAGAGGCCCAAAAAAUAG